AGUCUCGUGUCCUGAUGACUCCCCUAGCAAUUUCUCCACCAAGAAGCACGCCAGAGCCUGAUGUCAGCUCAAUUCCACAGGACGCAGCCACUGUCCCCAAAUCAACCACCCCACAGGCUCUUACAGUCUGCAUUUACAUCAACAAACAAGCUAAUCUGGGGCCGUACCUCGACCAAAAGAAAGUGCAGCAACUGCCAGAGCACUUUGGGCCUGAGAGACCUUCCUCAGUCCUGCAGCAGGCUGUUCAGGCUUGCAUCGACUGUGCGCUUCAGCAAAAGACUGUCUUCUCACUCAUCAAGCAAGGCUAUGGAGGAGAGAUGGUGUCAGUCUCAGCAUUUUUUGAAGGGAAGCAGCAUCUCCUGAACCUGCUGGCAGUGAACAGCAUUGGGUAUGUACUGCGCUUCCUGAAGAAGCUGUGCCGCAGCCUCCUGUGUGAGCACCUCUUCAGCAACCAGCCCUUCCAGCAGUACGGCACCAUGUCAGAAAGUGUGGAAGUGUACGAGGACGGACGUAUCGAGGCAGGUAGGCUGCCCUGUCAAUGUAUGCUCCAGGUUUAACAGUGCUGAAGGGAUGGCUAGAUAUGCUAGAGAUAUG